GUGACCAUUGAAGUGGUGGAUGAUCCUCAGGCCGAGAUGGAGAUGGACUUGUUGAAGGAGACAAGCAAUGACUGGUCCCUGACGUCCUCUGAGUGGUUGUCCCACAAGGAUCUCUUCUGGCCCCUCUUCUGGGAAUAUACCGACCCUGCUGAGGAGGAGGAGGAGGAGGAGGAAGAGGAUGACAACCUGGAUGUAGGGGACAGGGAAGAGGAAGAGGAAGAGGAGGAGGAAGAUUACACAGCAGAGUAUGAGGAGGAGGAGUCCAUGCUCAGUGGAGUAGGAGGUGACUGGGACCAGCGGUGGCCUGGGCAGAAGAACUGGAUCUUUAAGGAAAAAUAUAAUUAUGAAUAUGAAGAUGAGGAGGAAUGGAGCCCAUGGUCCCCUUGCAGCAUCACCUGUGGCAGUGGCAACCAGAAGAGGACGCGGUCCUGUGGCUACGCCUGCACAGCGACGGAGUCGAGGACCUGCGACCUGCUGCGCUGCCCUGGAGCAGAGGGAGAAAUGGUCUUCCCCACAGAGGAGACACCUUUCAAAAGCGACAACACCACAGAGCUGUUCAACUCAGAGGUGGACAGCUGUGAGAAGUGGCUGAACUGCAAGAGCGACUUCCUCACCAAGUACCUGAGCAAGGUGCUGACGGAUCUGCCCAGCUGCCCCUGCUCCUACCCGCUGGAGGCCGUCUACAGUGCCGUCAACCUGCAGGAUGAGCAGCAGGGCAAGAGCUUCCGAUGGCGGGAUGCCAGCGGCCCCAAGGAGCGCCUGGACAUCUACAAGCCGACGGCACGCUUCUGCCUGCGUUCCAUGCUCUCCCUCGACAGCACCACCCUGGCUGCCCAGCACUGCUGCUACGACGAGCACACCCGCCUCAUCACCCGCGGCAAGGGGGCCGGUGUCCCCAACCUCAUCAGCACCGAGUUCUCCCCAGAGCUGCACUACAAGGUGGACAUGCUGCCCUGGAUCCUCUGCAAGGGCGACUGGAGCCGCUACCAUGCUGUCCGGCCCCCCAACAACGGGCGACGGUGUGCUGCCAACCCCGCCGAGGAGGAGUACCUCUCCCAGCUGCAGGAGGCCAAGGAGUACUAG